AUGCAUACGAUUCGUGUUGCUGCUUUGCAAAUGCAGAUUCUGUUGCUGCUUCAGAAACAGCAACCGCCAUGUGAGAUGGAAGGGAGGGAUAUGAGGAAUUCUGAGGAGCUGAGUGCCCUUGGUGUCAAAGAUGAAGAUUUGAUACUGAUAGUAUGCAAUGCUGCUUAA